GCAUUUGUUUUUGCAAAAUCAACAAAAAGUGAAUAAAACCCACACAAUUUUGCUGAAUUUUAAAUAUGUUAUGUUCCCUGGAACAGGUUGAGGGCAUGCUGAGUGUCCUCAAAACCUCGACAGACAAAACUGUUGUAUAUAAAUGCCUGGUAAAACUUCGCACAGAUGUGGUCAAAAACAAAGAUGGAAUUGUUUUAUUCCGAACUGCAGGGGGUGUUCCAGUAAUGGUUCGCCUGAUUAGCAAAUUGAAUGAAAAGAUAAUGGAAGUUGUACUGAGCAUAUUGGGCAACUGUUGCACCGAUGAACAGGCCUGCAUAGAGGCUGUGGACUGUAAGGUCAUUAGCCCGUUGAUAACAAUAUUGAAGACAAUUCCCAAUCCGCUGAUACAAUGCCGCGCCUGUCGCAUGCUUGGCAAUUUGGCCAAAAGUAAAAAGGCCUCGUCCUUUUUAAGUGUUCACUAUAGCGCCAUAGCGCCAGCAAUUUGCCAUAUCAUCGAGUCCACCAGCGCCGUUCAAACGAAAAUAAUGGCCUUUCGUGUCUGUCGACUCUUGCUGGUCAGCCCUCAGUUCUAUAAACAGUUUUUAGCCUCCAAUGGCUUCCUGCAGCUGAUGCAUAUAUUUGUGUCGGUCAUGAAGAACAAUGAGGCGCCCAAAGCCUCGGACCAGAAUGCCGCCGAUGUCUCAGCUUUAGUCGGCCUCAAGCGGAAUCAGCACCGGGAAAAAUAUUUCGAGGAGGUGGCACGAAAUCUGGAGGGUGUACGCAGCGACAUCUUCGACUAUCAAAUGCUAAAGAACUCGACGCGGAACUGCGAGUACGUGUUGCCCAAGGAGAACGAUGCCAUCGAGCUGGCCUAUGAGAUCCUGAAGUGUCUCAUGCUGCUCUCGGCUCAGCAAAUAGGCAUGAGAGCCUGGGAGAUACUUUCACGGAAUACUUCGCUGGCACCCAUUGUAUAUUUUGUGAAGGAAGAUAGUGAACAACGCGCCUCGGCCCUUAAGAUUCUAUCGAAUUUCUGCAAGGAUCCCUAUGCAUUCUAUAUGCUUAGCACUGCCGACUCCAUUGUGGCUGCCUGUGAGUUACUCAUGGCUGUCAACAUGACCAAGCCGCUGUCGGAGAGCGAGAGCCGACAUUGCGUGAACAUUAUAUCGACACUGUCAGUGGAUGCCUGCAGCCGCUCCAAGAUACGGCGCUGCGGUGCACUGCGCAAACUGGUGGCCAUGAUACGGGAUUCACAUUCACAGAGCGAGCGUUCAUCUCUCUUUCAAAUUCUAAACAACUUUCAAUACGACAACCUGAGCAUGGAAAUGCUGCUCUAUGAGGGUCUGGUGCCAAUGCUGGUGCGUGAGCUGAAUGAUUAUUUGACCAGUGAUGAGGAGUAUCACAAGCGACGACGUGAGGAGCGUAUACAGGGUGGCAAAAAACGAAAGUUAACUGAUCCCACAACACCAGAAACUCUCAGCAAGUUCGCGAAAUCCCAGGAGCCACUCAGCUCGGACUUUGACUCGCCCAGCAGUUCGCCACGCUCGUAUCGCACCACCAGUCCGUGCAGCUCGCGCAGCAUGUCGCCCGUUUGCUCCAAUCUGUUUGCCAACGAUGACGACGAGAACUAUUCGCCCGCCUGCAGUGACGACGAUGACGACGAGGACGAUAGCAAGGCGAGCAGUGGCAAUAUGGACACACGCGAAUCUCGCAUAGCUACGAAUCGUGCACAGCCGGCCAAUGUCAUGGACAUACUUAAGCUCAUUGAUGAGGGCAGCGAAACAAUUGACGACACCUUGUCCGACAAGGAGGACAUGGACGAGCUUAGCUCCGAUGUGCCGCCCAAGCUGGCGCAGCUGCGCAGUCAGGCAGGCGACACUAUCGACAUCAUUGAGAACCUAAUUUACCGCAUUACGCUGAUGAUCAAUAAGCGGCCGGAGCUGGGCAAGCCAGAGACACUGGACACCCUAAUACGAGCCAUCAAUCUCUUUGGAGCCAACAAUAAUUUUGCCAAUGCGUUGACCAAUAUAUUGCUCGAAAGCCAGUUCUUUGCCCAGAUCAUCAAGCAUGGCGUUGUGCAUCAGCUUUAUCAACUGACCAAAGUGGAGGAGAUGCGCAAGGAUGGCUUUGCUUUUCUGGAGACGCUCACGAAUGUGGGUGAGUCCAACUACGGCAAGGAGGAGCUGGUGCGAUUGCUGCGCUGCGAAACAGAUUUGAAUGCACAGCAACGAGCGGCCAUCUCCGUGGCGUACAUCAUUAAAAGCCAUCGGCUGCUCUAUCAGUUCUUGUAUGACGGCAAUGCGCUGACUCUGCUCUUCGACUUGCUGCUGCGCAAGAAGAGCGACAAUUUGUAUGCGGAUGAGGCGGCGGAUGCUGUGACGGCCAUGUCACGCUUUACGCUGGGCAUUGUGCUGCCCAAGCCCGAGCAGGUGGACAGCAGCAGCAGCAUCUGUUUAAGCCAGCUGAACGCAACAAACAUGCCACUGCAUGAGCAUUGUGAUAUGCGGUUUCUACUGCCCAGCGAGAAUGUAGAAGGCAAGGACGGGGAGGGCCGGGCGACGCUCAGCAUUGGCUUCAACAAGCAGCUGCUCUGUGAGACCAGCGAGGUGUUCAACAAGAUGCUCAAUAGCGACUUCCGCGAGGGCCACGACGGCGAGAUCCAGCUGCGCGACUAUACGGCCAACGGGCUGAGGUAUUUCCUCCACUUGAUUGGCUGCCAGGAGAGGCAUCUGGCCAUGCCAGACUAUGGCGCCCUGUUGCAGGCUUUCGAAAUGUCGCGAGUGUACAUAAUACCGGAGCUGGAGGCGCUCCUGCACGAGCGGCUGAUACAGUUCCUGGACUCACGCAAUUGCCUGCGCUUGCUGGAGUGGGCCCUGAAGAACUACCAUGCGGAGCUCACCGAGACAGCGAUCAGCUAUUAUCUGUGCGCCGCGCUGCCGGCCCAGGAUAAACUACAGCUGUUCCGAGCUGCCGAGGACUCGGUCUAUGCCAGCGAAUGGUUCCAGCUGCUCAACGAUGCGGUCUACGAGAGAUGUCGCAGCACCGGCUAUUAGCUACUUAAGAUUCAUGCCCGACCUGCCAACUAUUAAUGUGAUUGUCGUUGUCUGUCUAUGUAUUUGUAUUGUUUAGGUGUGUGUCCAUGUGUGGGAGAUUGUGCCAAUUGCAAACAGUUUAUAUUUCAAGACCCAGCCAACUUUAUAAGAAUGCGCUACAAAAUUAA